UGUGGUUUCCCAGCAGCACAACCGCACAUGGUAUUUGAUACCAGCCAGGGUACUCUAUUUGGUGCGGUGGUUACAGUAACCUGUAAAGAAGGUUUCCGGCUCAAUGGAUCGCGUUUCAAACAUUGUCUUGACACAGGAUGGUUUGGAACUGCAAAUUGUGAAGUUGUCACUUGUCCCAAACCGACCAGAGUGGAAAAUGGCAGACAUUCUUGGAAUAAUGAUCUUGAACCAGAAUAUCGACAAAUUAUACGUUUCACAUGUAACACAGGAUACACCUUGUUUGGGAAUGAAACCAUUAGGUGUACUGUAACUGGUGUAUAUGAUUCUCAGCCACCACGAUGUGUCCCUGACUGUUCCAAUCCUCAACAUGUAGAGAACACAGUUCUCUCUGCUGAGUCCCUCCUAAAAAGGAUUUUUCCAAGUGGUACUGUGAUCAAAUAUCAGUGCAUAAUUGGAUAUAAUAAAAUAAGUGGCAGUGGGAUCAUUAGAUGUGUCAAUGGGAAGUGGACCAAGCCAGAUAUCAUCUGCAAGCUUGUUACUUGUCCCAAACCGACCAGAGUGGAAAAUGGCAGACAUUCUUGGAAUAAUAUCCGUGAACCAGAAUAUCGACAAACUAUACGUUUCACAUGUAACACAGGAUACACCUUGUUUGGGAAUGAAACCAUUAGGUGUACUGAAACUGGUGGAUAUGAUUCUCAGCCACCACGAUGUGUCACUGACUGUUCCAAACCUCAACAUGUACAGAACACAGUUCUCUCUGCUGAGUCCCUCCGAAAAAGGAUUUUUCCAAGUGGUACUGUGAUCAAAUAUGAAUGCAUGAAGGGGUGUGAUCAAAUAGGUGGCACUGGAAUCAUUAGAUGUGUCAAUGGCAAGUGGACCAAGUCAGAUAUCAUCUGCAAGCGGUCAGACUGUGGUGUCCCAGAAGCAAAACCGCACAUGUCAUUUGAUACCAGCCACGGUACUAUAAUUGGUGCAGUGGCUACAGUAAUCUGUGAAGAAGGCUACCGGGUCAGUGGAGCGAGCUUCAAACAGUGCAUGGACGAAGGAUGGUUUGGAAUCGCAGACUGUAUCUCUCUUACUUGUUCCAAACCGAUCAAAGUGGAAAAUGGCGAACAUUCUUGGAAUAGUGACCGUGAACCAAAAUAUGAACAAACUAUACAUUUCACAUGUGACGCAGGAUACACCUUGUUUGGGAAUGAAACCAUUACGUGUACUGAAAGUGCUGAAUAUGAUUCUGAGCCACCACGAUGUGUCCGUAAUUGCCCCAUACCUAAAAGUGUGGAGAACAUGGUUCUCACGAAUGAAUCCCUCCUAAGAGAGGAUUUCCCAGAUGGUACCAAAGUCACCUAUGAGUGCGCCAAUGGAUUUGAAAAAGAAAGUGGCUCUGAGAUCAUAACCUGCAUUGAUGGACUUGGACUGAGCCAGAUCUAAUCUGCAAGAAAAUUGAACCUCCUUUAAACCUACUGUUGAUAGGCGUGGCAGUUGGCUGUUCACUUGCACUUCUUUUCUGCAUCUUUUGGGUUUGGAGGCGAUGCUCAGAUGACUCUGAAGGAUAGUAAACCCUGGAGAUAUUUCAGUUCCGAAGUCUUUAAGUAUCCUUCUUCAUUCAGUUGGAACUGGACCCAGCUGUUGGGACAUCUACUACAGAUGAAGGACGUCUGCCUUUGACAUCUGCAUCGUUUUAUACACUUAUUGGUUUUACCAAGCUAGUAAAAAUUUGAAAAUAUUUAUUGUUUGUUUCUACUACUUACGUUGUGAACCAUUUUUUUUAUAUUUAAGUUAGAAAUUAUUUUAAUUAUUAAAAAACACACUCAUCUUAGAGUUCUUGAUGACUAUUAA